AUGAACGGUCCCGAUGGACCUUCCUGCCACCAGCAGGACGUGAGCAACACAGAGGCUGCUGUGAAGAGGCUAGGACAAGAAGACAUUAAGGAACCUGAAGUGAAGAUUAGCAAGAGGUUCGGAAGAGGAGCUGUACAGAGUGGGUUGACGCACGAAUGUGGAGUGUUCGCCGCGAUCAGCACGGGCGAGUGGCCUACACAAGUCGACAUCCCACAGGUCAUAUGCCUAGGAUUAGUUGCUUUACAGCACAGGGGUCAAGAGUCAGCCGGUAUCGUGACAUCAGAGGGCAAAAACGCCCGUUCGUUUAAUACUCACAAAGGCAUGGGUUUAAUUAACAAUAUAUUUAAUGAUGAAGCCAUGAAGAAGCUAAAAGGGAACCUCGGCAUUGGACACACUAGGUAUUCUACGUCAGCGGCAUCCGAAGAAGUGAACUGCCAACCGUUCGUCGUACACACAGCCCACGGGGCUUUAGCCGUAGCACACAAUGGUGAACUGGUGAACGCCAGCAGUCUUAGAAAAAUGGUAUUGGGUCGAGGAGUAGGACUUUCCACACACUCGGACUCAGAACUGAUCACACAAGCGUUAUGCCUCAAUCCUCCUGAGGGAGAGACUGAUGGUCCGGAUUGGCCAGCGCGUAUCAACCACCUCAUGAGACUAGCUCCAUUGAGUUAUUCACUAGUGAUUAUGCUCAAGGACAAAAUCUACGCAGUACGAGAUCCGUACGGCAACAGGCCGCUUUGUCUCGGCAAGAUUUUACCUCUAGGAUCAUCAUAUGUCUACAAACAGUCUUCAUCGCAGCAUGUUGCGGUUUUAACGAACGGUUGUGCUAAGAACGGUUUAGAAGAGAAGCCAGAAGGAUGGGUCGUGUCGUCAGAAUCUUGUGGAUUCCUGUCUAUCGGUGCCCGCUACGUGCGCGAGGUGCUCCCCGGCGAGAUCCUGGAGAUGUCGCGCCACGGCAUCCGCACCGUGGACGUGGUGGAGCGCCCCGCCGACAAGCAGCAGGCCUUCUGUAUCUUCGAGUACGUGUACUUCGCACGAGCCGACAGUAUAUUUGAAGGUCAGAUGGUGUACUCUGCGCGCAUGCAGUGCGGGCGCAUGUUGGCGCGAGAGUCGCCCGUCGACGCCGACAUCGUGUCGUCCGUGCCCGAGUCCGGCACCGCCGCCGCGCACGGAUACGCCAGACAGUCUGGUAUUCCAUUCAUGGAGGUGCUAUGCAAGAACAGAUAUGUUGGCCGCACCUUCAUCCAGCCGUCCACACGCCUGCGGCAGCUUGGUGUCGCCAAGAAGUUCGGUGCUCUCUCUGAGAACGUGCGCCGGAAGAGAAUCGUUCUUGUUGAUGACUCUAUCGUGAGGGGGAACACGAUAGGACCUAUCAUUAAGCUGUUGAGAGACGCUGGAGCUGCUGAGGUGCAUAUAAGGAUAGCAUCUCCGCCGCUCAAGUACCCCUGCUACAUGGGCAUCAACAUCCCCACUCGCGAGGAGCUCAUUGGCAACAAAAUGGACCCGCACCAACUUGCUGAACACGUCGGUGCGGACAGUCUCGAAUACCUCAGCGUAGAAGGUUUAGUGAGUGCAGUGCACUAUAACAUGAAGACGACUCCGAGUGACGGCGUCGGAGGGCACUGCACCGCCUGCCUCACCGGGGAAUACCCGGGAGGGUUGCCGGAGGACGACUGGUGA